AUGGACGCAGUGCCCACUACCACCAAUGGGCCGAGGGCAAUCCCGGCCGCCGCCCUCGUCAGCUCCGUCACGGACUACGUCAAGGAGUACAUGGCCAAGUAUGACGGCUCCCAUGACUACCACCACAUCGAGCGAGUAGUCGGUCUCGCCAGGCACAUCCAAGCCAGCUCGGCCCCUGACAGCCCUGCCGGCAAGAGCGACCUCCACGUCGUCACCCUAAGCGCCCUGCUCCACGAUGUCGGCGACAAGAAGUAUCUCAAGGCCGGCGAGGACCACACCACCAUGGUCGCACACCUCCUCGUCUCCCUCGGCGCAGACGAGACCCUCGCAGACCGUGUGCAGACCAUCUGCCUCGGCGUCAGCUACUCCAGCGAGAUCAAGGACCCGGAGCGGGUGAGGAAGCUCGUCCUGGAGCAUCCCGAGCUCGCCAUCGUCCAGGACGCCGACCGCCUCGACGCCAUUGGCGCCAUUGGCAUUGGCAGGACAUUCACCUUUGGCGGCGCCAAGAGUGCCGGGUCGGCCACAGUCGGCGGCGGCCGGUCCAUGUAUGACACGAUCGAGCACUUCCACGACAAAUUGCUCAAGCUUGAAAACAUGAUGAAGACGGAUGUCGGUCGCCAGCUGGCCAGGGAGAGGACAGUUCGCAUGGAGAAGUUCUUGGACUGGUGGGCCGAUGAGAAGGCCUUUGCGAGCGCCUCCGGUCUGGACGGAUGA